CUGGCUGGGGGAUUUCCAGGAAGGGAAUCUUCAAGCACUGACCUGUAAUGUCAAAAAGUGAAAGAACACAAUGUGAGCCCCAGAAGGGACUUGGAGAUCCCCAGGCCAGCCUUCUUGCUUUACAGAUGAGAGGCUGAGGCCUUUCAGUCGGGAACCAGAACCACGGACCUGUGCUGGCUUGCCUCUUCCCUCUUUUUCUCUCUCCCUACAGCCAGAAACAACUGCUUCACUUCCCAGUCUCCAUCUGAGAAAGCCUGCUGUAGAGCUGUACUCUAAUUGGAAGUGGAGGGUGGACAUGGUUCCUCUAAGAUUCCAGAAUAGGUCAUGAGCUCUAGACCCUAAGCAGCUGGUUUAUACCUCAGCUUAAUCUGUAGCUUAUAAUUAUUUAUGAGUCUACCUUCCCCACUAAAUUGUGAGUUCCUCCAGGGCAGAGACUAAGUCUUACUCAUCUUUGGGACCACAGUGCUGGCCUAAAGUAGGCAUUAAAUGCAUGUUGGGUGGAUUGGAUGGACAAAGGUAGAGGGUAGGGGAGGGGCUGGGCCGGGUAGGAAGAGGCCUGGAUCAAUAAUGUUGGGGGCUUAAGGGAGCAAUAGGCAAUAUAUCUUUCUUCCCCUCCCAAGUUCAGAAUGAAUUGAGAAAUAAGACACAAGAGACAGAGAUGUGGAAUCAAAAUGGUGGCUUUACCAGUAUUUCUGAUAAAGCUGAUUGGAAAAUGUAGCUUUUUUUUCUAGGCUCUCUGGCCAAAUGAACUUAUUAACAUCCUCCCAGAACUAAACAUGCACCCAUUCCCCUCUAAAAAAGGGAAGACCUCUCUCCCUUGCAGGGGCAGAAUUUCCUCUGUAAUUUUACCACGUAGAUCAAUGGAGAACAUGCUACUUUUGCCUACAGCAGAACCAAAAGAGAUAGAGAAACCUGGAAACAUCUGAGCCCAGCUCCUUCCCUCAGCCACCAACCAGACAAGCCAUCCCCCUCCCCUGGGAAGGAUGGAGCCCAUGAAGAGACAAGAGGGAGUGGUCCUCUCUCACUUACCCUCCAGGAGAGUGGAGUGGGAAUUCCCUCCCCUUAUGGAAACGUGGGAGCAGGGAAAAGUCUCCCACUGUGGGACGGGACAUGGUGGACAGAUGGUUAGUGGGGUGGAGGAAAGGAUGGGGGGAAAAGGGUGAGACCCCAUCGUCAGUCUAGACCCAGACACAGUCACCUUUCUGAAAGAGAAUGCCAAAAUCCUUACUCCUUGUGAUCACACUUGCUGAAUGCUCAUCUCUGUAUUCAGAGUGGAGAGAGGACCUUGCCUCCUGUGAGCUGGGAUAAGAGACCGAAUCUCAGCGCAGGGCGAUGCUCACCUUCAGGGCUUUCCUUUGUUCUGGAAGGGGCAGGGGACCGACCAGGAGAGCUCCUCUGGAGCUGCUUCGUUUGCUUCAGGCCUUCCCCAAGCCCCUGCCCCUUCGAGGCCUGCAAAGCUGUAAACUCAGCAGGUACUGAGCUCCUCCUCCUCCUUCCAGUCGGCACCUGACGCAAGUAGCCCACUCAGUCCUCUCAACACGUGGUGAAGGAGGUGGUCUUGGUCCCAUUUUACAGAUGAAGCCCCUGUGACUUGUGAUUGUUCAACUCACCCAUUAUGUGCCGGAGCCGGGCCUCCUGAAGGCCUGUGGGGUGCUUAAGAACAGCAAACCACACCCAUCAGGUUUGUUUCUAGGAGGCUGGUGCUUUGGGCAACUCUCCCCCUGGGGGGCUGCUUCCUAAGUUAUCCUAAAAUAGUGCUCUAGGUACUUGCCAACCUCUGUGCCUUAGCAAGGCCCUCUUCAGAGUGUGGCUUCAGAUGGCCCUUCCGGCAGCCCUCUUCCCCCACCACCACUCCCAGUUCCUUUCACAGGCACGCCCUGGCCCCUCUAGUCCUUCAGUCUGGAACGCCCAACUUGCCCCUCUGCACAUCAUGAAAUCUUUCUCAUCUUUGAAUACCCAGCUCGAGCCAGCCUCUGGGAAUCCUCACUACUUGUCCCUGUGUCUGGCUCUUAGGUCGCUUUGCCUGGAUUCAAGGGACAUGGGACCCCUGCUCCCCUACUAGCUCUGGCAGCUCCACCCAGGAGUCUUGUCUCCCCUGACCCAGAGGUGCCACGUUAAAGGUGUGUGGCCUGCAACUGAAGGGCUGCAGCUCAGCCUCUGCUCCCACCACCCCCACCCCACACACCUGCCCUGGCGCCACUCGGCUUGUAAGAGACAACAGACAAGGCUAAAUGGCCCCCAGGACGGCAGAAUAAUGCCAGGCAGGCGCCUGACACAUCUCCUGGACAGGAAAGUAUUUUUUCCUCCUCUUAAUAACAGUUAUUAAGGGGCCUGUGCCCUAAACACUGCAGCCAGGGUCUGGGCUUAGGUAUCUGUAUGGCUUGGGUGCCCACCUCUAGGCCCAGCCCCAGGCUAGGAUACACCUGUCUAGCCUCUCCUUGCCCUUCACUCACUCAGCCGAUGGGGAGGGGUGGCCAGUCCUGCAGCCCUGGGGGAUUAAAUUUGAUUUACACACUUUAUGAUCAGGAUAUCAGGGACCCCUUGGGGCCCUUGUCAACUCAGUCUUCCUGUCCCUGCCCCUCUCAGUUGAGCUUCCUUGAACAGACACCUAGUACACAGUCCAGAGUUAAAGACCAUCCCUGCUGCCCAGACACUCAUGCACACGAAUAGAUACGCACCCAGACACAUACAAGAGAAAAUACACACAGAUGCCCAUGAAGGUAAAUAUAUGCUGACCUGCAGCUAGAUACUUAAAGACAGUCCAGCAGAUACAAACAUCACACAGACGGUGUGAAAUGUGCAUACCGGCACAGGUCAGUUAUACAUAGGUACAGUGUACAGGCAGACCUCGUUUUAUUGCCCUUUGCUUUAUUGUGCUUCACAGAUACUGCUUUUUUUUUUUUUUAACCAGUUGAAGGUUUGUGGCAACUCUGCAUUCUCAGAUGAUAGCAUUUUUUAGCACUAAAGUAUUUUUAAUUAAGGUAUGCACAUUUUUUUAGACAUAAUGCUAUUGCACACUUAGCAGAGUACAGUUUAGUGUAAACAUAACUUUCUAUAGGCACUGAGAAACCAAAAAAUUAGUGUGAUUUGCUUUAUUGAGAUAUUUCCUUUAUUGUGGUGAUGUAGGACCAAACCCAUAAUAUCUCUGAGGUAUGCCUGUAUGUGUUGAGUUGAGCCAUGUGAAACUGCCAAUAUCCAGUGGGUUUUUUUUUCACUUAAAAAAUGGAAUCUUAUACAAACAUGGGCAUGGAGGGAAAUAUAAAAAAAAAAACAACAGAGCCAAAUUUGUACACUUAUGUUAAAGCAGCAUUAUUCACAAUAGCCAAAAGGUAGAAAUAAUCCAAGUAUCCCUUAGUGAGUAGAUAAACAAUGUGGUAUAGACACACAAUGGAAUAUUAUUCAGCCUUAAAAAGGAAGAAAAUUCUGACACAUGCUCCAACAUGAGGGAACCUUGAGGACAUUAUAUGCUAAGUGAAGUAUGCCAGUCACAAAAAGACAAAGACUGUAUGAUUCCACUUACGUGAGACACCUAGUAGUCAAAUUCAGAGUCAGAAAGUAGAGUGGUGGCUGUCAGGGGCUGGGGCAGUGGAGAGAAUGGGACUUAGCAUUUAACAGGUACAGAAUUUCAGUUGGGGAAGAUGCAAACGUUCUGGAGAUGAAUGGUGGUGGUGGUCAUACAGCAGUAUGCAUGUACUUAAUGUCAUUGAACUGCAUACUUAAAAUGAUUAAUGUGGUAAACUUUAUGUUAAUUAAAAAUAAUUUUUAAAAAGAGCCAAAAAUAUGUACCAUCAGGUGGACACUAUACACACUGAGGGAACGCAGCAACACAGAGACAUGCCUGCCUCCCCUCCCAGGAGUGCUUUUCUGACCCAGAUAAGGUCUCUGUUCUCCCCCUGAACAAAUCCAGAGAUAAAGCCCUAAUGAAGGCCCUACCACCUGGGCCACCUGCACAGCUCAUCGCCCGUCCACAGUCCAGCUCUGCUUACUCACUCCCCUGCCCCUCACACAGCCUCCCCACCCCCAAGGGGAGGGCCUCCUCAGAGCACCUGGUGCUCUGAUUUCUGCCGCUACCCCUAGGAUGGGAUGGAAUGGCUCAGCAUCUCAGCUCUUGGCCUAUGGCUGUCCUCUGCCCCUCCUGGCUCCCUCACUUCUAGGCUCCUCAAAAACCAAGCCCCAGGCCCGUAUAUCUUUAAUCCCAGGGCCCAUCUUGACUCAGGGAGCCCCUAAAUCCCUCUGCCACCCACUCUGUGCCAUGCAUGUGUUGGGCCCCGUGUGAAGCUCUGUGGACUUAGAGGAACCUGUGUCUGGUUUGGACGUGAUCGCAGACCAGAUAAAGCAAGUGCAAGGAGUAAUAAGCAGGGUCGUGAGAUGUGGCGUUAGGUCUCCUGCUCUCCUGAACACCCUCAUUGGUCCUCGGCCCCCUAUAGACAGGUGGUACCGUGGGCUGGCACCGCACACCGUUAUGACCACUUCUCGCCUGGCCUGCCUCCCUAACUAGCUGCCAUCUGCUGACCACCACCACCUUCUCCAGCACAAAGCCUCACCCAUGCUCCUGAGGACUUUGGGACUAACACCCUUGCUGGGGACAGAGAACAUAAACUGGCCUGCCCUGUUUGCCUUCUGACCUUACAGUGCCCCCCACCCCAAUCUCUCAAAACUUUCUCACUAACUGUUUAAUACUCAGUCCCUGAGGAGGGGAGGAAGGCUGUGGUCUGGCCCCACCAGGUCAAGAGCUUCCCGGAAUUGAGGGUGUUGGAAACACAGCCAUCUGGAACAGCAUUUUUCAAGGGUGGGACAGCAUUUUUCACUGGGACUCUGGAAUGUCAGGGUUUGGAGGAAACUUGCUAGGAGUCUGGUGGAAAUGGGGCAGGUGAUGCUGGGGUGGAGCUGCUGGGGGUGGGGUGAGGAGGUUGUGCUAAGGGCCUGCCGUUUCCCUGGGCGGGCGAGUCCCAACGGCGGGCAGACAGGUGAGGCUGACCCAACAGGUUCCAGAGGCCAGGGGCAAUGGGGCGGAGCAUGGCUCUGACAGGGUGACAACAGGCUGGGGGCCCUGCCACACACAGGGCAGGCAGGCAGGAGGCUGUCCUGCUGGUAUCUUCUUCCUGCUGCAGCCAGAGCAUGGUGCAGGCCAUGGAGCCUGCUGGAGGGUGAGGGUAGCCAGGUGUGCAGGCAUGUUCAGAGGCCUAGGGCCUGGGGGCCUGGGGGCUCAGGGCAUGGCGGGGCCCCUGCGGGGCCGGGUGGAGGAGCUGAAGCGGCCAUGGUGGCGGGAGAGCCCACCACUGGUGCUACAGCACAGUGAGGCAGCCCGGCUGGCGGCCGACGCCCUCCUGGAACGAGGUGAGGCUGCCUACCUGCGGGUCAUCUCCGAGGAGCGCGAGCUGCCCUUCCUGAGUGCUCUGGAUGUGGACUACAUGACCAGCCAUGUACGUGGGGGCCCUGAGCUCAGCGAGGCCCAGGGACUGGAGGCCUCGGGGCCUGACCGCCUCAGCCUGCUCUCAGAAGUCACCUCAGGCACUUACUUCCCCAUGGUCUCCGACAUAGAACCCCCGGACCUGGACUUGGGCUGGCCAGAGGUUCCACAGGCCACGGGCUUCAGCCCCACCCAGGCUGUGGUCCAUUUCCAGCGCGACAAGGCCAAGAACAUCAAGGACCUUCUGCGUUUUCUCUUCAGCCAGGCCCGCACGGUGGUGGCCGUGGUGAUGGACAUAUUCACGGACAUGGAGCUUCUGUGUGACCUCAUGGAGGCCUCAAGCCGGCGUGGUGUCCCUGUGUACCUGCUCCUGGCUCAGGAGCACCUGAGGCACUUCCUGGAGAUGUGCUACAAGAUGGACCUCAAUGGGGGACACCUGCUGAACAUGCGUGUGCGGAGCACAUGUGGGGACACGUACUGCAGCAAGGCAGGCCGCCGCUUCACCGGGCAGGCCCUGGAGAAGUUUGUCAUCAUUGACUGUGAGCAGGUGGUGGCGGGCAGCUACAGCUUCACCUGGCUUUGCAGCCAGGCCCACACUAGCAUGGUGCUGCAGCUGAGGGGCCGCAUUGUGGAAGACUUUGACCGGGAGUUCCGCUGUCUUUAUGCCGAGUCACAGCCCGUGGAGGGCUUCUGCGGAGGAGAAGAUACCCUACCUCCUAGAGUACCAUGCCCUCCCGCAGUGGCCCCGGCCUUCGGGCCCGGCAUCCCCAGCACCACAUCCUCAUCACCCUCCAGCACCAGCCUCAGUAGCAUCAAGCGCUCACCUCUCAUGGGCCACUCCUCCUACCUUGCUCUACCAGGAGGCGGUGGCUCCAGUGACACGGGUGUGGGGUCCUCAUUCCCGGGCCCUGCCCGCUGUGGGGCCAAUGGCCAGCCCUCCCUGCAACGCCAGCUGUCAGACCCUAACCAUGGCCCCCUGCUAGGGCCCUAUAGGGCCAAUUUGGGCAAGCUGGGAGCAUCCCCAUGGUCCCAGUCCUCCCCUGCCCUCAACUACAAUAGCGCCAGCCCCACGACCCUGGCAGGAGGGUCACCUCUGCUUGCUCGCCCUCGCCCCCUCUUUCCCUUUUCCCGGGGUGUCCCAGCUCUGUCCUGGCUCCCAGAGAAUGGGGUCCUGGGAAGUCAGGGACCUAGCCCCCCACGAGGCCGCUGGGUACCUGGGACAGCCCUGGAGGCAGUGGAGGAGAAUAAGGUGUCUCUGAGUCAGAGCCAUGGCCAGCUGGAUCUUCUUGUCCCCUUCACCAGAGCACGGGAAGUUGGGGGCCCUGAUUCUGGGGUUACCCCCAACUCAGGCUCUCUUUGGCCUGGUGAGCAGGCCCUAGAGGACAGGAAGUUGGACCCAAACCAGAGAUACAACCAGCUGGAUCUCCUGUCCGAGGCCCAAGGUGCCCCUGAUUCAGACUGCCCCAGACCUGGCAAUCGGACCCCAGAGGACAAGAGGUUGUCCCAAAACCACAGUCAUGGCCAACUGGACCUCCUGAUGCAGUCCCCCAAGGCUGGGGGCUCUAGAGUGCCCCCUGAAGCCAACUCCUCAGCCAGGGCUGGCAAGCAGGAUCCAGAUGAGAGACGGCAGACGCUGGGUCAUAGCCAGCUGGACCUCAUCACAAAGUUUGGCCCAUUCCGGGGUGAGGGGCCAGGGCCCAAUGAUCUCCCCAGACCGAGCCCUGCUCGAAAGGCUGGAGUGGACUCUGCAGAUGAGAAACGGCUGACUCUGGGACACAGCAAGCUGGAUCUCAUCACCAAGUAUCAUGAAUUGCCAGGCACCAGGCAGGGACCUGAGCCUGGCCUCCCAGGGGGCCCCACAGGUGGCCAUUGCAAUGGCAGUAGCAAUGGCCUGUCUGGGGAUGAGAAACGGCUGACCUUGGGCCACAGCAAACUGGACCUCAUCACUAAGUACAACAAGUCCAAGUUCAAGAUGCUCCGAAGCCGCUUUGAGUCCUAGUCCUGCUCCCAGAAAGGGCAUGUCCCUUCUCCAUCCAUUAAGACUCUAGAUUUACUCAGGUGCCAGACUCUGGGGUGGGAGCUUGGGCUGGCUGUAUGGAGGGGAGAGGGUGUCUAGAAGCCCAGGUUAGAUAUCCCCUGGGCUCAGGAUUCUUGCUCACACACGUGCACAUGCACACACACUGGGAAAUGGAACCACAGUUACUGGGCGCCUGCCAUUUGUCACUGUGCCGAGCACUUCACACUGGUUACCUCUCAUCCUUCAUCCUCACAACAUCCUACAAAUAGAUCUCUAGUAGGUUACAGUUCUAGGAUCAUAGGUAGUAUCUUCCCUAUUCUAUACAUAUGGAAGCUGAGACCCAGCGAGUUUGAUGACUUGCUUGGAAUCAGGUCCAAGUAAGUGGCAGGGGCUCUAACCUGUGUCUCUGAUUCUUAAUUUCUGACCACUGUGUUUUUGCACAGACAGGACACACAGUAUCAACAGUUCACAUGUCCCCAUGCACACAAAAUCCACAUAUCAUAGAGAUGCCCCAAAUUCCUGCACAAUAUACAUAGCACACUGACAGGGUUCACUCACAUGCACAAACUGCACCCCCCCACACAUACACACAAUAAUACACAUAUGUCCAUGUCAUAAACCAAACCACAGGAUUCUAGCUAUAGGUACACAAUAAAUGUCAUUUGGCUAAAUUAAUGGCUUUGUUCAGUGCACACUGUAGACCCCUCAGGAUCCACAGACUAUAAACGUGUGCAUGUGCACACACGCAUGCACACACACACACAGACGAGUAUGCAUGCACCAACCAGUAUCUUCUUGUAUCUAAUCUGUGUACCCAGUCAUGUGCUGGGCAUGCAAUAAGGCUGACAAAUGAAUCAGACUCUUGUCCCUGGGAGACAAAAGAUUAAAUGCAUAAGCCAUUGGUGAGCAAGACAGAGCUGUAUCUAAUUAAAGGCUAACAGUGGCAGAAAGUGGUAGAGAAUGAAGGGCAGAGAGUGGAGGUGAUGAUGGAGUGGUGAGAAAAGUGUUUUAGAAGAGGCAACAUUUGAGCUAAGCCAUGAAGGGUGGGAAGGAUUUGGAUAGCUAGAGGAGAGGGUUAGAGGAAUUCCUGGUAGAGGGAACCAGGUGAAGAGGGGCCAGGGAGAGGAUUGAGGGAGUGGGUCUGAGAUGAACUGGGGAGGAUGGAAAGGACAUGGACACCCAGACUGUCAUUUUGCUUAGUGACCCUAGAAGCAUAGGCUCUGUCAGAUGUGAGUCCUUUUCCUGAGCUUGCCACUUGCCCGUGACUGUAUACAUGAUACAAAUCAAUAAAGGCAGACAUGCU